AGCUGCUACUAUUCGGGGGAACGCACCAAGGAGACGAUAGACAACUACUACACAGUCAGGGACUGUUGGUAUCUUUAACUAUAGGGUGUUCCCAUGUUCCCAGAUGAACACAUAAUCAUGUUCCUGCACAGCUGCUACUAUUCGGGGGAACGCACCAAGGAGACGAUAGACAACUACUACACAGUCAGGGACUGUUGGUAUCUUUAACUAUAGGGUGUUCCCAUGUUCCCAGAUGAACACAUAAUCAUGUUCCUGCACAGCUGCUACUAUUCGGGGGAACGCACCAAGGAGACGAUAGACAACUACUACACAGUCCGGGCACAAUGCAUGGAUCUCUUCGGCGGCCGCGACUGGUCCAAGCUGAAGGAGCUGUGGAAGACCAUGUAUGUGAUGGCGCCCUUGCCCAAGACGACACCCGAGGGCUACAAGAUCCUCCUGUACCGACUUGCUGACACGGACCCUAGCAAACUCAACUUCCAAGACUGUCUGGUGAACUUCUUCGCCUACAACGACGUGCGAGUGAGCGAAGACGGUCUGGCCGAGGGCUACAUCGUCGUGUUCGACAUGAAGGGUUGUAGCCUGGGUCACCUGGCUAGGGUCUCCACCUGCAUGAGCCUGGUCCGCAAGUUCAUGGUCUACAUACAGGACUGUCAUCCUGUCAGGCUGAAGGGUGUCCAUGUUAUCAACACAGCGUCCUUCAUAGACAGCUGCCUGGCGUUGGUGAAACCCUUCAUGCAGUCGGGACUCAUCCAACUGAUACAUCUACACUCAGACUUGACAACCCUGGAGAAGUUCUUCCCCCUGGAGUUGUUACCCACAGACUACGGUGGAAUGGCUCCUGAGACACUCUCUCUCCAUGCAUAUCAAAUUUGGCGCUGUCACACACGACUCCUGGAAUCUGGAGUCCAUGUCCUUCUGAAGAGAUCCAAAAACUUGGGUGACAAAGACGUUCAGACGUAUAGAGCUGUCUGUUCUUUCCCAGGUAGAAAUCUGUACUAAUUUUUUGCAAAAAAAAACACUGCUUCUCAAUAUAAUUGAGAAUUAUCCCUUUACAAUCUCAAAGAUCUUAGCUACUAUAUCCCAAUUAUCUUUUAUUCUUGCAAUAUUUAUGCCAUCCGACCCACAGUUUUGUUUAUUUUUUAUGCUUAAAAUAGCUUCUGCUAUCAAUGAUUAGUCAAUACAAAAUUCUGUCAUAGCACACUCUCACGCACACAUUCUUUUCCAAGAAAAUAUUACAGCCAAAUUCGUCUUGCCUAAGCUUUGGAGCAAUGUUUUUGUGUGAUUGUGAUUAAAGAUGAAAAACUUAGCUAUCUACUUUUACUGGUGAUCCAUUAAUGUUAAUUGUAUCAAUUGAUUGCUUCUUACGUUUAAUUAUUUGUUAUUACAUUCCAAUACUUUCUGGAAUCUACAUUACAGUUUUCAACCAAAGAACUAUAAUAAUUAAGUUUAUCCUGUUUACCCAUAUUCAAGUUUAAUCAUAUUAUCAUUCAACAUUUGUAAGCUCUAUUUUGAAUAUUUACUAAUUCCACAAGAUGGUCAGAUAUCCAUUGUAAAAUUACUUAACAUUCUUUGUUUGAUCUUUAUUAUAGAUGAUAGAUGCCAGGACUGAUGACACUUGCCAUUAUUACACAAACAUUGUUACACAAACACGGUUACACGAACAUUGUUACACAAACACAAUCAUUUCAAGAAGUUAUAUCUGCUGUCCUUUUCAGAAGUCAAACCCUGACACUAAGCACACAAGGGAAUUAACAAAUAAAAACACGAUAAAACCAAAGUCAAAUUAGAAAUCUAGAUUUUAUAAUAGAAAAUUUCCACAUAUAUAUGCAAACAUAUGACAUUUCAGAUUUGUUUUAAUAAUUAAACUGUUUUGAGCUUUAUUACCUCUAAACUACUUUUGUCUUUUUGUUGAACUAAUUAUGCUUGCAUUUGAGCAAUUUAAAUCAUAAAUUGUCCUAUGUUUAGAGCUAGGUGGAUACUGUGAUCGUGGUGUGAGCAUAAUUGCCCUGUAAAACCUAAAUAGCAUAAUGUUGGCCAACAAAAAUAAUUAGCCUGAUCAAAUUUUAAUUUUUGCACACUUUUCAGAGGACCACAUUCAGCUGGUCAG